AUGGCAGGCUCAUCUGUGAGCUGGAAAGUCUUCGGCCUCCUGCUUCUUGCAGGCAUGUCGUGUCCCUAUCCGAUAGAUGAAGACGACGAAGGAGACAAUCUUCUGGUAGAAUCCACUGUACGUGAAGUGCGAGCCCUUCCUCCCCCAGGCUUUGAUCUUCAAGCUGCCGGCACUGGUGGCCAUCACGGUUCCGGAGGAGGUGGCCAUGGUGACGUCGGUUACUUGCUCACCAAGGACAGCAAAGGAGAUGACGGCUAUCAACGAUUUGACAGCUACCACAAGAAGGAUGGAGAUGCUUAUGGGUUCGAAACGCAUUCUUCCUACGGAAAGGCCCAAGGAGGUGAGACUGGAGGCCAGUUCCACCAUAGUGGCAACUACAAGGAUGGGCACAGUGGAGGGGGUCACUACGAGGGCGCCCACUCCGGAGCCUCUGGCGACGAUGAAGAGGAACAUGAAGGGGCCGGCUCGGAGAGGAAGGACCACGAGAGUGCUGGCACAGAGGGAGACGGCAAGUUCACAUCGGCACUGACAGGCGGAGAAUUCCACUACGGGGGUCACGACGGUGGGUCUGGGGAACACCACGAAGAGCAUUACACAUCUGGGGAAGGAGGCCAUCACGGAGGUGGAGAACACCACAGUGCUCACUACACGUCAGGUGAGGGAGAUUUCCACGGAGAAUACCACUGA